GAGAAAUAUGAGAUCUUUUAUAGUGAUGAUCCUUCUAGUAGCAGUAGUGGUAUCUUGUGCCAAAGAUCCAUUCAGAGGAGAGGAUUAUGAAGCAGGCCUCCUUGAAGUAGAGCCAGGUGAUGAGAUGUUCUAUUGGCUUCUGAGGUCCAGAUCAAGACCUAAUAAAGACCCUCUUGUGGUAUGGCUUUCUGGUGGUCCAGGUUGAUCCUCAUUAGUAGCCUUGUUUUAUGAAAAUGGACCAUGGACAAUCAAUGAAGACUUGAGUUUAAAGACUAACCCUUACUCUUGGAAUGAAGCCGCUAACGUUUUAUAUGUUGAUCAGCCCUUAGGAACAGGGUUUAGCACCACCACCAAUCCUGAUCACUACGCAACAAAUAAGGAUGAGCUUGCUGAAACAUUUUAUAAAUUUAUAGUCAAAUUUAUGGAGAAACAUCCUGAAUAUAAGAAGAGAGCAUUUUAUAUCACUGGUGAAAGCUAUGCUGGACAUAUGAUACCUGCAAUUUCCUCACAUUUUAUAAAGAAAAACAACACUGACAUCAAUUUAAAAUCUGUGGCUAUCGGAAAUGGAUGGGUCAAACCUGUUCUCCAAUACCCUGCAUAUAGAGAAUAUGCCCAUGAAAACAAACUCAUUGGAGAAAUUGAUAACAAAGUGCUUUAUGCUGGUUUUUGGGCAUGAAAGCAAUUAAUUAACUUCAACUUCAAAACACUUGCUUACAAACAAUGUCAGCACAUGCUGAUGUACUCCAUUGGAGGAGGCACUGAUAAGAGCAACUUUAACUUCUACGACAUCAGGAAGAAGUGCGACCAUCCUCCUCUCUGCUAUGAUAUGAGUGGGGUAGACAAGCUACUGGCUAAGCCAGAGAUUCAGGAGUUGCUAGGCGUAAAUCCCAAAUCUACUGUGGAUCCAUUAUCUCCAUUUAAUCCUGAAUCUGUGGGUAAGGAUGCAACUUGGAAGUCAUGCAGACUCGACAUUCAAGCUUUGAUGCUCGGUGACUGGACGAAUGAUUCUUCAGUCCAGGUCAGAGACACACUUGAAAAUGGAGUUGGUGUCUUUGUGUACAAUGGUGAUCAAGAUUACGCUUGUAACUGGAGAGGCUCUGAAGAUUGGACAAGCGAGGUAUUCUGGGAGCAUAAGGACUGUGGAAACGGAUAUAAAUGUGGGGUUCAGAAUUGGAUGAUGGACGAGCCAUAUCAAAAGUGGGUAGUGGAUGGUAAAGAAGCUGGAGAGUUUAAAAAAGUUGACAACUUCUCGUUCUUGAAAGUAUAUCAAGCUGGCCAUAUGGUGCCAAUGGAUCAACCAAGAAACUCUCUAGUUAUGUUCAAAUUAUUCUUGAACAGAGCAUUUUAA